GAAGAGCCAAUCGCGAUUCACAAGUACUAUUACAGUAUUAGUUUGUAAAAAGUAUAAAAGGUAGCACCACAGCUCAGUGCGAUCCAUUGGACCAUCGUGGAGCUAGCAGUAUUUCUUUAGUUGUCAACACAACACUCAGUUUUAUCAUACUGUAAGCAUGGCCGCCUCUACGCCGCUCAAGGUUGUUGUGUUUCUCGGCACCGUCAAGGAGAAUCGCCUCGGCCUCCGUGUGGCCCGGUUCGUCAUGGCUCAGCUGGAGAAAACGGGUCACGAUGCUACCCUUUUCGAUCCGGCCGACAAGAAGCUGCCGCUGCUGGAGAAGGCCGCGUUCUUCUACCGCGAAGGCGAGGAGAAGCCGGCCGUUCUCGCCGAGAUGGAGCAGCAGGUGCGCGCCGCCGACGCCUACAUAGUGGUGUCGGGCGAGUACAAUCACAGCAUACCGCCGGCGCUGGCCAACAUGAUGGACUACUUUGGCGGCAGCUGCUACGCGUACAAGCCCAGCGGUAUUGUGUGCUACUCGCCGGGCAUCUACGGCGGCAUGCGCGCCGCCAUGCAGCUGCGGUGCUUCCUGGGCGAGCUCGGCUGCCUGAGCGUGUCCAACAUCUUCGGCAUACCGCGCGUGCACCAGGCGCUGGGCGAGGACGGGUCGCCGAUCGACAGCCACAUGGAAUCCGGCGCCGAGAAGCUCAUCAAGGACCUAGACUGGCACGCGCACGCCAUGCGCAAUCACCGACAGACCGCCGGCAAGCCCACCUAAUCAGUCAAGUUCUAUAUCUCAGCCGAUUGCUGUGCAGUACAGCAGUAGGAAGGGACCAGACAGUUUUACAUACCGGUAUAUCACACUCCAGAAACCAUAGCAACCAAUAGCUGCAUAAUAAUUAUUAUGUUAGGCAAGCUGAGUUCACAUCCGUACCAUGCUCUGUGCAGACUAGGGUAAGACUUUCAGUAUGUGGGUAACUACGGGAGUUUGUUUCUGGGAGAGGCCGGUAAUAAGCGGGCACGCCAGACGUGUGCGGCGGAAUGUGAUAGUUUAUAACAUUGCCGCAUGGCACUGCUUCGCUAUGUUGAUGUUUGCUAUUCCUUCAAAAUUUGAACUUAGACUUCCUUUGGGUGGUAGCAGAUCACAUUUUACAGGCAGUUGUGCUGUUGAACCUCAUGAGUCAUAAUCAA